AUGCUCGCUGUCCGACAAGAUCCUGCGGCCAACCCGAACCCCCAGCCGAACCCCCAGCCCAAUCCCAACCCUCAGCCCAACCCCGCUGCGGCGCCGACGCAACAGCCAGCGCCCAACCCCGCAAUCGGCCAGGCGAGCGCGGUCAGUGCCCCCGGAGCUGGUGCGCCCGCGCCCGCCUCCAGCCAGCCCGCCAACCCGAACCCGGACCCGGCCGCCAACCCGAACCCCGCCGCCAACCCGGCCGCCAGCCCCAACCCGAAUCCCAACCCCGCCAGCCCAUCCGCAAACACCCCCGGCACAUCCACUCCAGCAAUCUCAGCGGGUGGCAGCAGCACCGCAGCGCCAUCGCGACCGGCUGACGCCAACAGCUCGAGCUCGAGCUCAGGUUCAGGCUCGAGCACGCGGCCCGAGCGCUCCGAUAAACCAAAGUACAUCCCGAACGUGACGGACGCGCAGUCGAGCGCGCCGCGGACCAAGGGGCUAGGGAUGGGGAUUGUCGCGCUGGCCGCGCUGUGGAUUGUUGUGCAGUAG